UAUUAUUCUUUUGUUAGUUUAAUGUGUACAUUUGUAUGCAAUAAAUAAUUUACUAUAGCCCAGAGUAUAUGUUUAUAUGUAUAUAAAGCGUUCAGCGCUUGAAAUGAAUUUAGUUUGAAAGUAUUUUUGACGCCGAGCAGUCAAUUUGUGUUGACUUACAAACCGCGACAACGCCAACAUGGAUUUGUACUAUUUUCCAGGAUCUGCGCCUUGCCAUGCAGUCAUACUCACUGCCAAAAAUCUCGGCAUUGAAUUGAAUAAGAAAUUCGUCGAUCUGAUGGCCAGAGAAAAUAUGAGCGCCGAGUUCGCGAAGAUCAAUCCACAGCAGGUGGUGCCCACUUUGGUGGACAAUGGCUUCACUGUGUGGGAAUCACGUGCAAUAAUGGUCUAUUUGGUACAAAAAUAUGGCAAAGAUGACUCCUUGUUCCCCAAAUGCCCCAAGAAGCAAGCUAUCAUCAAUCAGCGCUUGUACUUCGACAUGGGCACCCUGUACAAGUCUUUCUCCGACUACUACUAUCCACAACUAUUUUUUAAUAAACCGUUGGUUCCUGAGCUAUAUAAAAAUAUGGAAACAGCCAUGGCGCUUUUGAAUACUUUCCUAGAGGGCAACAACUAUGUGGCUGGCGAUCGAUUGACCGUGGCCGAUUUAUCUAUUUUAGCUUCGAUAUCCAUCUUCGAUGUGGCGAACUUUGACAUUAGCAAGUAUGUCAAUGUUGCCAGAUGGUAUGCAGAUGCGAAAAAACUACCCGGUUGGGAGGAGAACUGGGCAGGUUGCUUGGAAUUCAAGAAGCUCUUUAAGUAGCCGUUACUUCAGUGACAAUUGUGUAAUAUCUAAUCAUUAUCAUCAUUAAGUAUAAUCUAAGACGUGUUAAAUAUGAAUCGUUUAAUAAACCGUUUUAUAAUUACUAUA